AUGCCGCAACAGCUAGACUCACCUUCUGCGAACCCUGAUGAGUAUGCGGCCAACUCCAUUGCUCAUCACACUGUCACUCAAUCCGGUGCCUCACUAUUCCGGGAACCUUGCAGGUUUUCUAACCAGGAGAGCGCUGAAGGUACCUUAGAUGAUAUGGGUCUUCCGAACCUUCGGGAUUGUUCAAAAACCUCGAAGCAAGAGGCUUUCAGCCGUGAAGAAUCAGAAGAGCAUCAGGCCGAUGCAAAACAACAGGCGAUGCUUGAGGCUGGAAAUGAAGCUGAUCGAUCAGAGUAUGAGCAAGAACACGGAGACAUUGGCGAUAAUCUCGUUCAUUUAUCGGAAACCUUUCUGCCUACAAUCCUUUCCCUGCCCGACAGUCACGAUGCUACGAGUUCUGCACAGAAAAACCAAUUCCCAAUGCAGUCCCAUUCGCACCGGUCCAGUGUCUCGGCCGAUACAGAGCAUGCAUCGAUUCCAUACAGUCCAGGGUCUGAAGAUGGCACGCCGCUCAAACAAAACAUCGCCUUGAUCGAGAUUCAACCCAUCGAUACACCCUUCGCCGAUGCUCUAAAGCACUUUAAGAACAUUAAGGGCAAUCGUUCAGCUUCUAGGAAACACAACUUUCCUGGGAAACUUCGACGUAAUGCCUGCCUUCCUGCAGAAAUAGCACAGGUGGUACAAGCAGCAAAGGCUGCAGAAGAUGAUCUGGAGAAACUUGCCAGGCGUGCGAUGGAGACCAACAACUGUGAAGAGAACAAGGACCUACAAGACUUGGAGCGGUAUCGUCAAUAUGACCUUGCACCGUUGGAUACCGUUCUAGAUACUCAGGCUGCCGGCGAUAUUAUCAUGUUAGGAUCGCCUAGCUCGACGUUCUCCAAGAUGUCAAAGGGCAACGUUGAGCAACCGAAGUCUACCACUGCUGGGGCUUUGGCUUCUCCCACCACCAAUCCAGUGGAACUCAUCACACCCCCAAAGAGGGCUUCUGCGGACGACUCAUCUAUUCCUGGUAGUUCUGGUAGUUCUUGCAUCCUCAAAGUUGAAAGCGACGCCUCCGAGGUUCAACUCACGAACUACAUUCGAGAGUGUGGGACAAAGCUCAAUGCCGACCAGGUCGACAUGGACAACCCGGCUGCUACCAUCUUUGACAAUCCAGAUAGCUAUGUUGUGGGUACGAAUGAUGCGGGUAUCUCAGGUGAGCAUCCUGUGUUCAUUCAGGUCAUCGGUCUCGUCCCCAUGGCAUUGAUGACGACGCUUGUGGCGAAAAUGACGAGCAUUGCCAAUUGGAGUAUCGACACUAUUCUAUCAAAGCUUGCCGGCCUAGAUUGGGAUGAGAAGGAUGGUGAAAGAGACUAA